UAUAUAGGAACCUUAUUGAAACGCAGCGUCGAACCACAUCCGCUGUCCUCAAUCGGGAGCGAAAAAACGCGAUUCCUCCGCCAAAACAUUACCACUCUCUCCGUUUCCUUCUUUCCACUUGAAAGCACCGCACGAUACGGCACUUCCUCACACAUGCCUCGCUCUCAGAUUGGGUAUCUGGUUCCUGUAAAUAAGAAUCUUGAAGAAGACGCUUCACUGCCUAAGCUCUCUCUCUUUUACGGUCCCAAUUUCAUUGGCCGCAACGAUGUUUCUAUUUCUGACAAGAGACUCAGCCGCAAGCACAUUGCUUUAACUACGUCCCCUGACGGCUCCGCCGAUUUACUCGUCGAGGGGACGAAUCCGGUUGUUGUUAGGUCCGGCGAGCUGAGAAAGAAGCUAAGUUCCUGCGAAAAUGCGGCGAUUAGUAAUGGUGAUUUAAUAGAGCUAAUUCCAGGUCAUCACUUUUUCAAAUACGUAUCAACUUCCACCGGUGAAACGAAGAGAAGCUUUACUGAAGCUAACAGCGAUGGAGAAAGAGAGAAACUUACUUCAAAGAGAGAGCGAAAUCAAGGUUUGGAAGAUGAAGCAAUCUCAGCUAACAAGUUGAAGGCAGAGGAGAAAUGUGUUGAGGCCAUUCGCAAUUUUCGUGUUUCCAAUGAUAAGUUAUCGCAUACAUUUCGGCUCUUGAAAGUUCAAGGCUUGCCUGCUUGGGCUAAUACUAAUUCUGUUUCCAUAGGAGAUGUGAUUCAGGGGGAUGUUCUUCUUGUGGUCCUCUCAAAUUACAUGGUAGAUAUUGAUUGGCUGAUGUCAGCAUGUCCAAUACUUGCAAAAAUUCCUUAUGUGUUGGUUAUUCAUGGGGAAGGAGAUAGCAGGCUGGAUCACAUGAAGAGCAACAAGCCUUCCAAUUGGAUCCUGCACAAGCCACCAUUACCCAUUUCAUUUGGAACACACCAUUCGAAGGCAAUGCUCCUGGUCUAUCCUCAAGGAGUGAGAGUUAUUGUUCAUACAGCAAACUUGAUAUAUGUGGACUGGAAUAAUAAAAGUCAAGGUUUAUGGAUGCAAGAUUUCCCUUGGAAAGAUCAAAAUAACUCAAAGAAAGGAUGUGGAUUUGAAAAUGACUUGAUUGACUAUCUCAGCACGUUGAAGUGGACUGAGUUCACUGCUAAUUUACCAGCUCUGGGAAACUUCAAUAUCAAUUCCACCUUCUUCAAGAAGUUUGAUUAUAGCAAUGCAGGGGUCCGACUAAUUGCAUCUGUCCCGGGAUAUCAUACGGGUUCCAAUAUGAAAAAGUGGGGGCAUAUGAAGCUACGUACUGUUCUCCAGGAGUGUGUUUUUGAUAAAGAGUUUCUGAGAUCUCCUCUAGUUUAUCAGUUCUCCUCUCUUGGUUCAUUGGACGAGAAAUGGAUGGCUGAGCUAGCAUCCUCAAUGUCAUCAGGUUACUUAGAAGAUAAAACAGCCCUUGGUUUGGGGGAGCCAUUAAUAAUAUGGCCCAGUGUGGAAGAUGUUAGAUGCUCCUUAGAGGGUUAUGCAGCUGGAAAUGCAAUUCCAAGUCCAUUUAAGAAUGUGGAAAAAGCAUUCUUGAAAAAGUAUUGGGCAAAGUGGAAGGCAAGCCAUACUGGCCGCUGUCGUGCAAUGCCACAUAUCAAGACAUACACCCGCUUCAAGGGCCAAAAACUGGCUUGGUUCUUGCUAACUUCUGCAAAUCUUAGCAAAGCUGCCUGGGGGGCUCUUCAGAAGAACAAUUCUCAGUUGAUGAUCCGUUCUUAUGAGCUGGGUGUGCUAUUUUUACCAUCUCAUGUCAAAGAAGAGAAUGGUGGAUUUUCUUGUACGGGUAAUGGAGGUUUAUCAAAGGAUACUGGUAGAUGUGGGUCAGUAGGAAGUUCUAAAGUGCCAAAAACAAAGCUAGUUACCCUUACUUGGCAAGGAAGCAAGACAUCCGAAGUAAUUCCAUUGCCUGUGCCUUAUGAAGUCCCUCCUGAGCCAUACUCCUCCGAAGAUGUCCCAUGGUCUUGGGACAGGCGAUACAAUAAGAAAGAUGUUUAUGGUCAAGUUUGGCCUCGGCAAGUUCAAUUGUAGUGCUUUUAAAGAUUACUGAUUUCUUCAGAUUGCGCAUAGAAUUCUGUAUAGUUAUAACAAAUUAACAAUCAACUCGUUUAUUUGUACGAAUGGUGCCUCAAUGACUGGUUAUUUCAACAUGCAGACAGUAUUAUUAUGAAUUAUUACUCAUAUCAAAUAAGGAUAUAUUUAUAUGACGUGGCAUCACUGU